ACAUUUGUCAGCUAGAAACAACAGGGAAAGCACUUUGUCAAAAAACUCAUCAAACUUCAUUGUCAUCGAAUCGCAAACGCUGACUCAUUGACAAACAUGCUUCAUGUCGAACGGAAUCGGCCCCCGUAUUUCACGUAUCUCUAUGGAUUUCGCGAUUCGCCCUCUCUUUCUGCCACCCCGAACAAACACUAGUGCGUUUCCAUUUCUCGACGCGGUCGGUCGUUUCGUUCCUCGACGAUGGAAGACCGCGAUUUUUGAAUUCCGAAUGCGUGUGUGAUUUUUUAAAGGUAUCGCGGGAAAACUUUUAGUGGUGUGGUUUGUGGUUUUUUUUUCGCUUUAAUAGUGUCUGACUUUUAACUGUGGAUGAUUAUUUAGUGAUUUGUGGGAAGUGUCGUGAUUUUACUGAAUCAAAGAAUGUUCGCAUACGAUCGCACCAACAGAUGACAGUGAAAAUGACCAUUAACCUGAGUGGGAAAAAACUGUGACAUUUCAAAGCAAUCGUGCCAAAACAAUGUUUUGCUGCAAAGGACUGAAACUACUCUACGCCACAAUUGUUCUGUUACUCGAAGCUGAGUUGUUGGUGAACACGGGUGCUAUGGAGUCGAAGCGGUCUUCCUUGUUGGCGCAAAACGCCGAUGAAUUGAAAUCUUUGGAGCUAUGUAUUAGUAGGAAUCAGCAGAGGCUGGGUAGUGUUUUUGGGAAUUAUACGAGGCAUCACAAAAAGGGUCACAGAAGAAGAACAACCACCACAACACAAACAACAAUCAUCUACACGACAGCAGUCGACAAUGAGGACGACCUAACCAACCCCUUCAUGACCAGCGAAACCCUCACCACCCCCCACCCCAAACUACCUAAACCUCAAAGGCUAACUUCAUACAAAGACUACGAUGUACAUAUAGAUAAAAAUGCAAUUGAAGAUGAAAUAAGUGAGAUUAUAGAAGGUUAUAAGCACCACGAGAAAUAUACAGAGCUAGAUGAAACAUCAUUAGCUAAAUCGUUAAGUAAAGUUAAGAAAAUGUACAGAGAUUCAACGGGUUCGGCCGCUAAUAAGUUAAGUGGCAAGGUUGGGAAGGCGGGUAUAUUUUUGACUGACAAUUGUACAACUGUUAUAGCACAAAUAGGAACUACGGCUGUUUUGCACUGUGAAGUUAGCGAUAUCACAGAGAACACGGUAACGUGGAUAAGAAAAAAAGACUAUUCCUUGUUAUCAGUGGGACUAGUUACAUACAGCGCAGACAACCGAUUCUUUUCUGCCCACGGCCGACAUGUGAAGGACUGGGCCCUCCACAUACGGUUUUCAACGUCCGCCGACGGUGGUUACUACGAGUGCCAAGUCCCAACGCACCCGCCUACAAGUAUCUUCUUUAAGCUAGUUCUCGUUGCUGCCUACGCGGAAAUAAUGGGUGAAUCCGAGAAAAUCAUCCACGAGGGCUCGAUGCUGAGGCUAGUGUGCGUGGUGCGGCGCUCCACCGAGCCACCGUCAUACGUCUUCUGGUACUUCGAGAACAGAAUGAUCAACUACGACCUGAACGGCGUGAGCGUUCACAACGGGCGUCAGACCAGUGAGCUGGUGAUUGGGAAAGCGGAGCCAAGGCAUGCGGGAAACUACACCUGCGUGCCGGCGAACGCUAAAGCUGCCUCGGUCACCGUGCAUGUUGUACAGAGUGAAACCCCGGCAGCAAUGCAGCACGGAAACAACUCGUCAGCGCGAACCACCAGCUUACACUUGCUGGCCAGCGGCUUCGUCUAUCUAUUGGCAUUAAGACUAUUGCUGACACAAAUAUCUUUAGAGUACGGAUAGUGAUAAAAGCGUAAGCAUUUUGUUUGCCCUUUCCCAUAGU